UUCUCAUCACGGCACUUCCACUGGAGGGCCACACUUCUCUUUUGAGGACCAGUCCACCGUCCACUCCCAGAGUCCAAAACCCUACGAUCCGCGCCACCAUGCCGCGCCUCGCCGCCGCCGCCGCCGUCUCACGCCGCGCCGGCGAGGCCCUGCGCCGCGGCGCGUUUGGGGGACUGCGGCCUCUCUCCUCCCUGCAACCGUUAAACGCCGCCUCCAGCGACGAGGUGCUCGUUGAAGGAAAGACAAGUGCGCGCGCUGCCGUGCUCAACCGCCCUGGCUACCUCAACGCCCUCACCACCACCAUGGGAGCUAGGCUCAAUAAAUUUUAUCAAUCAUGGGAGGACAACCCAGACAUUGGCUUUGUCAUGAUGAAGGGCAGCGGCCGAGCAUUCUGUGCUGGUGGGGAUGUUGUUAGAUUACAUGAACUUAUCAGUGAAGGCAAGCUGGAGGAAUGUAAGGAUUUUUUCAAGACUUUGUACAUGUUCAUUUAUUUUCUGGGCACGUACUUGAAACCACAUGUUGCCAUUCUUGAUGGCAUUACUAUGGGUGGUGGUGGAGGUGUUUCCAUCCCUGGAACAUUCCGUGUUGCAACUGAUAGGACAGUCUUUGCAACUCCAGAAGUUCAUAUUGGAUUCCAUCCUGAUGCUGCAGCCUCCUUUUAUUUGUCGCAUCUAACUGGCCAUGUUGGGGAAUAUGUGGCCUUGACCGGUGAAAAGCUUAAUGGAACAGAUAUGAUUGCUCUUGGCCUUGCUACACACUAUUUCAUGAGUGGCCAUCUGGAUCUGAUCGAUGAACGACUUGCAAAGUUAGUAACUGAUGAUCCAUCAGUUAUUGAUUCGUCCCUUGCACAAUAUGGAGACAUGGUUUAUCCGGACAAAAAAAGCAUUGUUCAUAGGCUGGAGGUGAUUGAUAAAUGCUUCAGCCAUGACACAGUUGAAGAGAUUGUUGAUGCCUUGUGUUCUGGACUUCUGGUCAACUUGGUACGAUUUAAAACUAAGUUCCGGCAUAAUCAGGAAAGUGAAGCAGCCAGCUCAAAUGAAGAAUGGUGUAUCUUGGCGCUGAAACGAUUGAAAGAGGCCUCUCCGUUAGCUUUGAAGGUUUCACUGCGAUCGAUACGCGAGGGUAGAUAUCAGACACUUGAUGAGUGCCUUGUCCGUGAGUACCGCAUGUCCAUGAAUGGAAUCUCAAAGCAAUUUUCUCAUGAAUUCUGCGAGGGAGUCAGAGCACGACUAGUCGACAAGGACUUCACUCCUAAGUGGGAUCCUCCUGCCCUUGAGUAUGUUACGAAUGACAUGGUUGACGCAUACUUCGCACCUCUUGGCGAUUCGGAGCCUGAGUUGAAGCUGCCUAUAGAAUCGCGAGAGGCAUUUGUAUGAUCACAAAUCAUUCCAAGAACCGGAUCAUUGCAAGGACCGGACUGGGACCUGAUAAACGUGUUAUAAUCUGUGUAGCCAUUAUUUUUGGCAGCACAACCAGCCCGAUUGGACCAACUAUUCACGUGCCGUAUACUCAUUCAGACUAUCUUCGCUAGCUUACCUAUACAUAUAUUCAAACUAUACUUUAGAAACAGUGCAAUGUACUAUGCAAAACGGUGCAACAGUGUUUUGGUUGACCAUAUGGGUGUAACGUACAGUAGUUCAUCUAUAAGGUCACCAAAAACACCGUUUUUAUACUGUAUAUUGUACUGUCUGUAGAGUAUAGUUUGAAUAUCGGUAUAAGUACGAGUAAGCUACCAGAGAUGAGGUUUUCUGCGGUGUGAAACUCAGCAUAUCAUCUGCUGAUUUGUUCACAUGAAUGGAAACGACCAGUGGAGUACGCGAAUCAUUUCUGAUUUGGAGUCUGUUCUUCACGAGGGAAACCCCGUCUACAAUUCUCUGGCUCUGUAUUCCACUGCCACUCACUUGUCAGCAAUAGCAGGCUGUUGCAGAUGUUUUUCCU